ACGAUUGGGCCGCGCACGACCUCCACCGGCGGUGACUGGGCUGGAAAAAAUGGAGGAUGCUGGCAUGGAGUUCCUGCUCGAUGCCGUUGACAGAUUUCCAUUGCGGGAGGAGUUCGCCGACAGUCAUGAGCACCCAGAUCCGGUUCCUCUUGCAUUGUUGGCGAACCCCGGAAGUGAAGUUGCCGCCCCAGCAGACUCGAGUACUGGGUCUGGUUGUGCUCAACAGCUCAGUGUCAAAGUCAAUGGCAGCGCACGAGACGGGGUGUGGCGACGUCCCGACUCUUCCCCGACAAGGUCCGCUCAGUCAACUGACAGGAUCAACGCGCAGGCACCUGGGUGGACUAAAAGAUUAAGGCUGGGAAGUGCACCACCGGACCGGACACAAUGCCCUUCCCGAAUGAGCGCUAUGGAGCAGUCGAUUCACAAGUACGCAGAGAAGCCAACAAAAAGUGUGAUAAGGCAUGCAAGUAAAAUAUACACUAGGGCGAUGUUUGAAGAAUUCGGACGCUUGUUAAUUGAAGCGACAACAUACAAUGUCACAGAGAAGGAGAAGAUGAGGAAGUAUGUCACGGUUCACAACAAUGCAGCGAAAAGAGAGAAAUGGAGCAGGGUUGAGUAUGAGGUGAACGUAACCGAAGACAAACAGAGUAUACAUGUGAAUGUGGUCGGUUCGAGCACACUGGAAUGUUGUGCAGCCAUGUAUUGAGGGUCAUGGAGAUACUACAUAUGGAGGAGAUCCCUGCUAAGCAUAUAUUGAAGCGGUGGACCAAAGACGCGAGGGACAUACUUCCAAAAGAUCUGGUUCAGUACCAGAGAGAUAAUUCAGUUAACAUGUCGUUGACAUGUAGGCACUCGACCCUUUACUUGAGAGCAAUGGAGGUAGUGCGGCUGGGUGACUCUAGUGCAGAAGCAUUCGAUCACAUAUUAGACGGGCUUGAAGCUCUUUUGGUGAGUGGCGCACCUUUCAGAAAGCGAAGGAUGGUCUGGGUUUUGUGGACCGCAUGGGUGAAUUAGCUCCCGGUACUUUGCCUGGCAAUGGAGAGAUUCCAUAUGUUGGCGGCGAGUGUGUUGACAAAUGCAUCAGUGCUGGAAAUUCUGGGAGUGUCAAUGCUCUCCUUGGCCUCAUAGCUCCAGAAAAGAAAGGGGGGGGUCAGUAGACCAACGAAUAGCAGG